AAGCCGCGUCUGGCUACGUCACUGCCGCACCUGCGCAGCCAUCUUGUAUCGGUGAGGAGUAGAAAAGAUAAGGAGAGGAAACCGAGGCGAACAGAGAAAGAGAAACGACGAACAUUCACGAUAAAAACCAGGAGAAAUUCAACAUUACCAAAUAGACAGCUGACCCUGGACACGGCACAAGACGGCAACUGCGAAAAAAGAAAGAAAUAGACAGCUGAAAAUAAUAACAAAAAAGGAAAAUCGUGUUAAGAUUUCAUUUCAGUAUAACGACCAGCCCCGCAUUCCCUGCUCGAGUCAUGAAUCCGGAAUAUGACUACCUGUUCAAGCUCCUCCUGAUUGGUGAUUCGGGGGUCGGGAAGUCCUGCCUCCUGUUGAGAUUCGCUGAUGAUACGUACACAGAGAGCUACAUCAGCACAAUCGGGGUGGACUUCAAAAUCAGAACCAUCGAGCUGGACGGAAAGACUAUCAAGCUGCAGAUUUGGGACACUGCUGGGCAGGAGAGGUUUCGUACCAUCACUUCCAGUUACUACAGAGGAGCCCACGGCAUCAUCGUGGUGUACGACGUCACGGAUCAGGAGUCGUACAACAAUGUGAAGCAGUGGCUGCAGGAGAUCGAUCGCUACGCCAGCGAGAACGUGAACAAGCUCCUCGUGGGAAACAAGUGCGACCUGACCACCAAGAAAGUGGUGGACUACACGACAGCCAAGGAAUUUGCGGACUCCCUGGCCAUCCCCUUCCUGGAAACAAGCGCCAAGAACGCCACCAACGUGGAGCAGGCCUUCAUGACGAUGGCAGCGGAGAUCAAGAGGCGCAUGGGACCCGGAACGACGAGCGACGCCAAGGCCAACUUGAAGAUCGACAGCACCCCCGUGAGGCAGUCGGGAGGUGGCUGCUGCUAGGACACCCACACCCGCAGCCCUGGGGAGGGGGAGGGAGCAGGGCUGGGCUGGGACUGGAGACUGGAGGCAAAGGGGAGGGGGGCUAACUCAGGGGUGUCAAACUCAGUUCACGGAGGGCCGCUGUGUCUACUGGCAACCCCCGAGCUCUCAAUCGCUUAACUGCUCUAAUUAUUUGAUUUAAUUGGUUUAACGCUUCUCUCCAGGCUUCAGAAUGUUUUAUAGGUAGCGAAUCAAGUGCAUUUUAAAAGUUAAAAGUUAAACACGUCCAAUUGAACUUGUAUUUAGAUCGAUGAAGCUAAUUGAGAGCUCAAGUUGGGAUGGAGACCAGGAGACCCCGCGGCCCUCGGACUGGCACGUGACCCCCCUGCUCGAACUGGGGGGCAGGGUGGAGGGGCAGAAACCCACACGCAGGCGUCGAAAUUAACAGCAAUACCCUCUUCUCGUCCUUUUUAAUGUAUUCCUCUUUAUCAUUUUAUUUUAUUGAGCACUGGUGAGUGUUUUAUAAUUAUGGACGGUCAAGUGUUUUUUUUUUUUUGUAACUGGUUUUUCACGGAGGGGAACUGGGACGGACUGGUCUAUAACAGCGCUGGAAAUGAACUCCCAGUUCCCCUCAACGUCCAGCUGCAGUCGACUUGUGAGGAGCUUUCAUUUUGUGCUGUUUUCACCGUGCAAUCUCGUGCUGCUUUUAUCUGUGUGUCCGCAAACCGCGCUGUAUCAUUUAAGCCUUUUUUUUGCUUCUAUAUGUUUACAGCAGUAUCUUAAAAACCGCCUCCCCAAAUCCUGACAAAUGAACACAGACGUUUUAUUUCGAGAGGUUUUGCCACAUCUCCGAGAAUGGCGCGCUGUGAACUUACUAAUCCUUUCUGUUCGGUGUCGACGCUUCAGUCGACUGAGCUGUUGAAGAAUUGUUAACCCUUGCAUGAACGUUUCGCUGUGUCGUGUGGACACAAGGCAGUGAUGCAGCUGUAAGCUGUUGAUUUUCAAUCUGUAUCUUGCACUAUGUUGACACUCUCCUCGUCACAAUUAACAAUAGCAGCGUUGCACUUUUAUAUAGAGCCUUUCAAAACUAGACCCUAUCAAAGUGCUCUAAGCGUUGGGUUAUACUUUGUAAAUGCAUCACUUCCCAGCAAUCUGACGGCUUAUUUAUUAUUAUUAUUAUUAUUAUUAUUAUUAUUAUUAUUUUUUUUUUUUAGACAUUUAGCAGACACUUUUAUCCAAAGCGACUCACAGAGACUAGGGGGGUGAACUCUGCUUCAUCAACAACUGCUGCUGCUGCUGCUGCAGAGUCACUUCCAAUAGGAACUCGUUUGUUUUACGUCUCAUCCGAAGGACGGAGCACAAGGAGGUGAAGUGACUUGCUGAGGGUCACACACACACACACACACACAGUGAGUCAGUGGCUGAGCCUGGAUUUGAACCUCUUGGUUUCCAGCCCCCUUUAACCUCUGGAUCAGCAAGCCUCCUACUUGGAUCCUGCAUAGAUUUUAAAAUACAACAUAAGGACAAGUAGAAUAUGUGAAAGAUAGGGUUGUCUAGCAAGGUUGGUGUAUGGAGUUCAUCCUUGCUUUACUUAUUUAUUUAUUUUUUUAAAACCCUCAUCAUAAAACUAUACAACAGUAGCAUUACAUACAGAGUAAACCAAAAUAAAAAAGUUGAUCAGCUUUUUAAAGAACGUUUUGUUUGUCGUUCAGGGGAAGCCUAAUGCGCCCGGUGAUUCAGAUCAGAACCUUGAAUUUGAAAUCUCCUGUUUGCAGGACAGUGUGUAGCUGGGAGAGGAGGAGUCAGGACCCAGCUGUGUUCCUUUCCCUCGCUAUAUUUUCCCCCUCUGUAACCAUAACUUGUGACUCCCAGCCAUUGAUGCGCAUUCAGCUAGAAAGAAAAGUUGUGUGACUGGUUUGUCGCUGCAUUUAAUACCCAACAGAAACACAGAUCCACAAAGAACAGAUGAUGAUGAUAAUAAUUCUCUCUGAAGAAUUUCAAUCAUGUUACUACGGAAGUUGAUGUGUUUUCUUGUUUAUUCACUCGAAUUAUUCUUAAUAAUAUUCAUGAUCCCAUAAAAAGGGGAAUACGCUCCUGAAAGUUUAUUUCGGAGUCAUGCUGCUGAGGGGGAAGCGUCGUGUCUUCCGUUCCACUGCGUUUAAAUAUUCUCUCUGUAAGGGAAGCCCUUCUCCUUGCCUAGAUCAAGCGAUGAAAUCAAUACCAUUUUAACUAAUUGAAUACAUCCGAGCGAUCGUGACAUUUUUAAGCCUUAUUUCUUUUAGAUUUUGGCUCCCUUUGGUUUCAAAUUCUCUCUGUACACGCUACACUACAGCCGACUUUAUGACCCACAGUCCUAGAAUCUUACUCAGCUGUGAACUGUUUUUAUUUCAUUUUUUUUUCCUACAACAGUGGUGUGAAGCAGCGUACGGAUCAUUUUUGCAAUGUUAUUUCUGUACGUUUCUGUCUCCUUUUAAUCUGUGAGCUGAGUGACAGACAGACAGGUGCAGCAGCACCUAAACCCCAGAACAGCUCGGGAAGAUUUCAGACUAGCAUUGAAGCAUUAUCUACAGUACAAGUAGGAAACACGAUUCUAGGAUACAGAAUGCAUCUCGGAAGCACUUCAUCACGUUGGCAGUCAGUAAAGCCAACCAUCUUUUUUUUACCAUUAUCAUACACACACAUACAUUAUAGAUAGAGAGAGAUAGAGAGAUAUAUUUACACACUGCAUUUUCCAUCCAGCUUGCAGGGCUCGUCAUCCGAAACGUCCUGAUUUAUGAUCAAUUAUUCACUUUUUUGUGUACCUACAUUAUCCUUCAUUUUUAUCCUUUUGGUACACAGCCAUUUAACUUUUUUCAAAUGCGUGUGUCCCAUUCUGUCACACAUUUUUUUCAUUACAUUUUUUUCAACAUUUUAAAACACUUUUGCCAGAACUGUGGAGUUCGAGAAGUGUUGCUUUGCCACAACUUUGAGGGGAAAAAAAAAAAAAUUAUAUAUAAUGCAUUAUAAAAUAUAUACAUAAAUGUGAAACUUUUAACAUGGUAGAAUGGUGCACCUAGUGACACAUUUUUCCCAGUUUAUUUUAAUAUAUAGCAAUGCUUAGCCUGUUACUGACAGGCUGGGAUCAUGCAACUUGUGGUGUAUUUUUAGUGAAGGCUGCACUCUGCUAGAAGGUUUGAAUCCCCUUCCCAUCUCCGCUCCACUGAAUCACACACACACACACACACACACACACACACACACGCAAGCAAUAUAAUGCAUGUGUGCAGUGAGAGUUUGUAUGUGCCUGUGUGUAUCAACUGGUUUUUUCACUCACUGUGGUUGGAGUGUAGUUUUUGUUUCAGAUGAAGCUCUCGUGAAGGGUGUUUGUUCCUCUGCCCCGUUUCUGACUCAAUGCUCUGUCUUGAGAGAGACGCAGCAACUGGUAGCUGUAGGAUAUUUUCAUUUGUUUGGUUCUCUCUGCAGUGGAAACUGAUUUCGCAUCCGUUUUAUGUUUUUUUGUUUUAUUAAUGUAUGGACCAAUUGUGCUACUUGUAUGAGAAGAGAUGUGUUUUGUUUUUUUUAACAUACAUGAGCAUUCAUAGGCGGUAGAAAAUGCAUGAACGAAACGAGAUUAGAAGGGUUUUAAUUUGAAUUAUAUUUAAACAAAAAAAUAAAAAUAACGAAUGUA